UCCAGCAGAGGAGGUCCAGGUGACACCGGGCAGACAGGUAGACGUCACACCUGAAGCUGCUACAACUGGAGAGGAGAGACUGCUGGAGAAAAGGAUGAGAACAGAAGUUUGUGUCCGUGGUUCUCUCUGUGUCCCGGUUUGAACUGGAUGACCGUCUGUUUUGUCACAAAAGCAACAACUAAAACCGACCAUCUGAUAAAGCAGGUUUGGUAAAGUUUGGCCAUGCAGUCGUUGACUCAGGAGAUCCAGAGCUUCUCCAGGACUCGCCUGCGGAAGCAGUGCACCCGUGUGACGUCGCUGAGUGGCCGACGCAUCAUCGAGACCUGGAAGGGCUCGACGAUUACCGUGGUCGAAGACCCCGUCCCGCCAGAGAAGAUGCUGGGCUACGUCCCAGAUACUUCCUGGGACCUGCAGGUCGGCUUCGUGACGCCCUACCUGCUUCUGGGUUCCCAGGAUGCUGCACACGACUUUGGCACCCUAAGAAAACACAAGGUUUCUCACAUCCUGAACGUGGCGUUCGGCGUGGAGAACGCGUUUCCGGACCUGUUCAUCUACCGGACCGUCAGCAUCCUGGACCACCCCGACGCCGACCUGCUGCAGUACAUGCGGGACUGCUGCGACUUCAUCCAGCAGGCUCGCAGAGAGAAAGGCGUUGUGUUGGUCCAUUGUAAUGCCGGUGUGUCCCGCGCCCCGGCUGUUGUCAUCGGCUACCUGAUGUCAUGUGACGGACAGUCCUUUGAAGACGCGUUCUCGUUGGUGAAGUCUGCCCGGCCGGCCUCCUCUCCCAACCCCGGCUUCCUGGAACAGCUGAGAAACUACAAACUGCCUACAAUGAACGGGUCUAAAGACUGAGUCUGGCGAAGGUUAUACAGUCCGACGAGAAAUCUCUGUGAUUGUAAUAAAACAUUGUAAAGAAACGUUAAACAUUUCUUCUGUGUAGAAUUGUUUUUAAUGGUGCAGGAAUACUCUAAAGUUAGAUACCAACCAUCAGAGUGAAAUUAGGUCUGAGAAUAACUGCAAUUACCAAAACUCCUGCUUGAUUUCUAUUUAUUUUCUGUGUUGUAUGCCUUUUUGUGAAUUUUAAAUUUCUAAAUGUUCUUCAUGAGCUUCUUACCAGCAAUAACAUCUCUCUUUUGUUCUGAUGUUUUUUUUCCCCCAUAUUAAAGCUACUAUCCAGUGA